GGGUGGGGUUUAUGAGGUCGAAACCAGCUGAAUCUGUAGACAGGUUUUUUUGGUUGGUUUGUUUGUUUGUAUUUUGCAAUCAGACGCGUUAAGAAAGGGGACUCUAACUCAGCCCAAAGAUGCGGUUAUCCCUGACGGUGUCCGUGGUUUUAGCACUGGGAUUAAUCCUUCCUGAACGGGCGUCGCUUUAUGGACCUCCAGAGGACUGGGAGGGAUCUGGGUAUGACCUGGAUGGUUCUGGUUCUGGAAAUGAUCCAGAACAAGAGGGGACCAACAACAAUCCUGACCCAGAUAUUGUACCAAACCCUGUAAAUGGAAACACAAAUUCUGCCAAAAGCUCUUCAGUGCUGAAUGUGGGGAUAUCACACAGGCAUGACGUAGAUGCUGCAACAGAAUUGAUUGUUAUCUCAAACAGCAACAGCUUACUGGAAAACAAAGAGAUCGUUGCAGCUGCCAUUGCAGGGGGACUAGCUGGAGCAACAAUAGGAGUUCUGCUAUCAGUGUUCCUGAUUUACAAAUGGAGGAAGAAACACAAAGAAGAACAUAUUCAGAACAAGGCUUCAAAUGAAGAAUAUCACAAACCCACUCGGGAAGUAGCUUUUAUUUAACUGUCACAUCCACGUUGGAUUGAAAUCUUUAAAAUACCCUGGGGUGUCUCGGUCUUCCUGAUUGUAGAGAGCUGCUAUUGAUGAAUUUUCUCAAAGGAGAAAAUUAUCAAUGUUUUUUUUUUCUUGCACUUAAUUCAAAAUUUUCACUAGAAAGUGUUCACACCCAUUCACUUUUGUCCUAUAUUAACGGUUUUAAUUCUAAAAUAGUUUUUGAGUAUUUUUUUUCUUAGAGAUCCUAGAUAUUUACAUCCUUUCCCUGAUUUUUGCCUCAACACAAUCUCAGAGGUCUACUGACCUUUCCUUUGACUUUGUUGGUUGAGUUCUGCUAUAUAAAUUGUCAACUUUGAGACUCUUUUAUGCGAGAUUGUUCAUCUCCAAAUCAUGUCUGAUAUAUUAAUUUUAGCAGAGGUGAAGAUGCAUCUGAGCUCAGAUUCAAUUGUACUAGCAAAGUCUGUGCAUACUUGUGAACCUGUAAUGUUAACAUUUUUAUAUUUUCUUUCUAUAAAAACACCUUAAGAAUGUUUGCACUUUGUCAUUAUGAAUUAAUUUUUGUACAAAUUUUCCAUAAAAAAUAAAAUCCAUUUGGGAUCAGACUGUACUGUAGCAAAAUAAGUGAAAAAGAAGGGGUGUGAAUACUUCCUGGAGGUAUUGUAUCUGUUAAUUUAACGUUAUGUCUGUGAUUAAAUGUGAUUAAAAAUGUUUCAAGGACCUCAUUCUGCCUGUGUUUGAGAAAUAUCUAAUAUGUGUAUAUAAUAUUCAUUAAUCUAGAAGUAUAAACUGCUAAGCUAAGCUUUGACUUUAUUUACCCUGGAUUUUGUCUGUUCUAUAUUAUCCUUCACAUUGGUUUGAAAUGAGAUACAAUGCACAAUUUGACUUAUCAGUCAGUAGCAAUUUCCAUUGUUUUUUGUAGCACAAUAAAAAGUAUGAAGGAAAAAUGGGGAAAGUGGGUGAAACUUGUGGCAGCUUGUAUCUCUUUUUCAGAGCCUUUUAGGUUUUUACUACAUUAAAAUGUUGAUUAGUUUGUGUUGUCACUGAGAUGCCUGAAAAAUAAUAAUACUUAGAUUUUUAGUGAAAUCUCAGUGCUCUUUUUGCAGGUUCCAGAUGUUGGUUUUAUGUAUUUUUGUUUGCUUUCUGGCACUUACAAAAAUAAAAUUAUGGUGUCAUUAAAGUUGUGUAUGGGCUGAUCCAGUGCUAAAAGGGCAGUGCAAAAAUGUUCACCCUUACCCUUUAUUUUGCUAAAUUAUACAAUAUACGUUAAAAAGUCUUCAAUAUAACUGGAUUUUUAGUGUUUUAUAAUGUACUAUUUCCUGUAUAAUGUGUCUCCUAGUGUGUAGGAGACACAUUUAUUAUAAAGUACAUUUAUAAUAACAUGAUAUGUCUUAAGAUAUUGGAUGAAAACUUAUUAGAAUUGACAAUUUGUGCAAUAUUAAAACGAUAGAUGUCA